CGAGGCGUGCGCUGGUGCGCAGGCGCAGUGGCCGGACGACAGACCUUGUGUUUCCAAAAUGGCGGCAGCGAUGGAUGUGGAUACCCCGAGCGGCACCAACAGCGGCGCGGGCAAGAAGCGCUUUGAAGUGAAAAAGUGGAAUGCAGUAGCCCUCUGGGCCUGGGAUAUUGUGGUUGAUAACUGUGCCAUCUGCAGGAACCACAUUAUGGAUCUUUGCAUAGAAUGUCAAGCUAACCAGGCGUCUGCUACUUCUGAAGAGUGCACUGUUGCAUGGGGAGUCUGUAACCAUGCUUUUCACUUCCACUGCAUCUCUCGCUGGCUCAAAACACGGCAGGUGUGUCCGUUGGACAACAGAGAGUGGGAAUUCCAAAAGUAUGGGCACUAGAAAGAGAAUUCUUCCAUCGAGCUCAACUGUUCUGUUAUUCAUUUAAUGACUUGCCCUCCUGUUACUUAAUUAUAAAUUAGAUAGAACUGUGUCUUUUCUGCUUUGUCUUUUCAGUUUGCUGUUCCUGCAGCCAUAUUGUAUUCUGUGUCAAAUAAAAUCCAGUUGGAUUCUAGAACAGAUGCUGUCUCUUGUGUAUGUGAAAAAGUGAACGUAAAUAAAGGGUCCCCUCUUCCUAGGUUAGAAGGCUUCCUUUCAAAAGUGAGAUGUUUCUUCAUUAGAGCAGAGUUGUCCUGUGAGCACAUCGCUUGGUCACAAGGAAUCCUGGUCCACAGCCUGAUCAUCGAUGGCAGUCUUGGGCAAGUCGACUCUCUGCUCCGCCCUUUCCCCUAUAGAAUGGCUCCUAAGAACUAAAUGGCAUCAUAUGUGCACAGAAAGAAGCUUUGUAAACUGUAAAACCACUGUAUGAAUGUUAACCUUGACCAUGUAUGUGACCUGUUGCUUUCUCUUCUUAGUUUAGAAAAAUAAACGUGAAAAAAUCUAAUAUGUAAUUUUGUCUGGCAAAAGAAGAAUUUAUGAACUCAAGUUGAAAAUUGAUGUCACUUAAAAUGGAAUUAAAAAGAAUUCAAGUUGCCUCUACCA